GAGCACGCCCCUGAAGCCAAUUUCCAGUUAAUAGUUUCACCUACCAGAUCGAGUCGCGUGUGCACGGGCACCAUGCGCGCUUUUCAAGGGGGACGAAACUAACAUUUUCACCUCUUUUGGGAUGUGAAGAAUGUAGCUAGGCUACUCGUAUGUGUUAUUUAGAUUAAACAGUAUUUAGAGUAAAUAGCUCGUUUUGUUGAUGAACUCUGCAAACUACACAGAGUAUAGCUGUAGUUUUUGCAGCGGGUUGUAGCCUACGUUGUUUAUUAUAACGUUUGACAAUACCACGGUAGGCUUCGAGGAGGAAUAGCCUAAGUAGAAAAUCGGGAAACCUGGGCAAGGUGGGGUUAGAACCGGAGACCGCCAACGGGAUUAUUGAAAAACUCACGUUGCCUUGAAGCUUCGCACGGUAGCCGAACCACUCGCAGUAGCCGAACCCAUUAGAAUUGGGGAAGCUUUAUUCCCAACUCCUUGGUGAUUAGUCUACGCUUCAAGUAGCCUAGGCUACGGCGAGCAGAACCAGUUUUUUAUUCACAAAAACGUCAGUUUGUUGUGGUUAUUUGCUUUGGAACAUACGUUUCGGGACGGAUUUGGGGGGGAAUUAUUUCCCCAGCCUCGUUGGACCAUGGCGGACGACGACGUACUGUUUGAAGAUGUGUAUGAGCUGUGUGAGGUCAUUGGAAAGGGUCCGUUCAGUGUGGUGAGGAGAUGUAUCAACAGAGACACAGGACAGCAGUUUGCCGUGAAGAUCGUAGACGUGGCCCAGUUUACCUCUAGCCCUGGACUCAGCACAGAGGAUCUGAAGAGAGAGGCCAGUAUCUGCCACAUGCUGAAGCACCCGCACAUCGUAGAGCUGGUGGAGACAUACAGUUCGGAAGGCAUGCUCUACAUGGUCUUCGAGUUUAUGGAUGGAGCAGACCUGUGUUUUGAGAUCGUGAAGAGGGCUGAUGCUGGCUUUGUGUACAGUGAAGCAGUGGCCAGUCAUUACAUGAGACAGAUCCUAGAGGCACUACGAUAUUGCCAUGACAACAACGUCAUCCAUCGAGACGUGAAGCCCCACUGUGUCCUCCUGGCGUCUAAAGAGAACAGUGCUCCAGUGAAGCUGGGAGGAUUCGGUGUGGCCAUCCAACUGGGAGAGUCUGGACUGGUGGCUGGAGGUCGUGUAGGAACACCCCACUUCAUGGCCCCAGAGGUGGUGAAGAGGGAGCCUUAUGGUAAGCCAGUAGACGUGUGGGGCUGUGGAGUCAUCCUGUUCAUCCUGCUGUCUGGCUGCCUGCCCUUCUACGGCACCAAGGAACGCCUGUUUGAAGCCAUCUGCAGAGGCAAAUACAAGGUAUUAAACCCCAGGCAAUGGGGUCAUAUCUCAGAGAGCGCUAAGGACCUGGUGAGACGGAUGCUCAUGCUGGAUCCUGCAGAGAGAAUCACUGUCUACGAGGCACUCAACCACCCCUGGCUCAAGGAGAGAGACCGUUAUGCCUAUAAGAUCCACCUGCUAGAGACAGUGGAACAGCUGAGGAAGUUCAACGCCAGGAGAAAGCUCAAGGGAGCCGUACUGGCAGCAGUCUCCAGCCACAAGUUUAACUCCUUCUACGGAGAUCCACCAGAGGAAAUGCCUGACUUCUGUGAAGACCCCACAUCCUCGGGACUACUAGCAGCAGAAAGGGCUGUCUCUCAGGUGCUGGACAGUCUCGAGGAGAUCCAUGCGUUGACCGACUGCAGUGAGAAAGAUAUGGACUUCCUUCACAGUGUCUUCCAAGACGAGCAUCUACACACACUACUAGACCUUUACGACAAGAUCAACACCAAGUCCUCCCCCCAGAUCAGAAACCCCUCUAGCGAUGCUGUGCAGAGAGCCAAAGAGAGCUCCACCCAAGACGACGCAAGUGCCGCUUUGAAACACCUGGAAUAUGUACUGGAAGAGAUCUCUUGUUACCCGGAGAACCACGACGCCAAGGAGCUCAGACGGAUACUGACCCAGCCGCACUUUAUGGCCUUGCUCCAGACCCAUGACGUGGUGGCCCAUGAGGUGUACAGUGAUGAGGCUCUGAGGGUCACACCCCCGCCCACCUCGCCCUACCUGAACGGAGAAUCGCCCGAGAGCACCAACGGAGACAUGGAUCUGGAGAACGUAACUCGAGUACGCCUGGUGCAGUUCCAGAAGAACACUGACGAACCUAUGGGCAUCACGCUGAAGAUGAACGAUCUGAACCACUGUAUCGUAGCCAGAAUAAUGCAUGGAGGAAUGAUCCACAGACAAGGAACACUGCAUGUAGGAGAUGAGAUCAGAGAGAUCAACAGCAUCAGUGUGGCCAACCAGACAGUAGAGCAACUACAGAGGAUGCUGAAAGAGAUGCGAGGCAGCAUCACCUUUAAGAUAGUGCCAAGCUACCGGACACAAGGAUCCUCCUGUGAGAGAGAGUCCCCCUCCACCUCCAGGCAAUCCCCUGCCAAUGGCACUGGCCACUCCAGUGUUAACAGUUCUAUCUUGGAUCUGCCAUCUACCAUCCAACCCAAGGGUCGACAGAUGGUCGUACCCAGACCUCCAAUCAAGGAUAAAAUGUCCAUCAAGAUCUAUGUGAGGGCCCAGUUUGAGUAUGACCCCUCCAGAGAUGACCUCAUCCCAUGCAAGGAGGCCGGGAUUCCCUUCCGGGUCGGUGACAUCAUCCAGAUCAUCAGUAAAGACGACCACAACUGGUGGCAGGGCAAACUGGAGAACACCAAAAAUGGAACUGCAGGGCUCAUACCCUCACCAGAACUCCAGGAGUGGCGUGUGGCGUGUAUCGCCAUGGAGAAGACCAAGCAGGAGCAGCAGGCCAGUUGUACCUGGUUUGGCAAGAAGAAGAAGCAGUACAAAGACAAGUACCUGGCCAAACACAACGCAGUAUUCGACCAACUAGAUCUCGUCACGUAUGAAGAGGUUGUGAAACUGCCUGCGUUCAAGAGGAAAACACUAGUCUUGUUAGGUGCCCAUGGAGUGGGCAGAAGACACAUCAAGAACACACUCAUCACAAAACACCCUGACAGAUUCGCCUACCCCAUCCCACAUACGACCAGACUUCCUAAGAAGGACGAGGAGAACGGGAAGAACUACUACUUUGUGUCACAUGACCAGAUGAUGCAGGACAUCAGUAACAAUGACUACCUGGAGUACGGUAGUCACGAGGACGCCAUGUACGGCACGCGGCUAGAGACAAUCCGCCAGAUCCACGAGCAGGGACUCAUCUCCAUACUGGAUGUAGAGCCACAGGCUCUGAAGGUCCUGCGGACAGCAGAGUUUGCUCCCUACGUUGUUUUCAUCGCCGCGCCAACCAUCACCCCUGGCAUUAACGAGGACGAGUCAUUGCAGCGUCUUCAGAAGGAGUCAGAGAUUCUUCAGAAGACCUAUGCCCAUUAUUUUGACCAGACCAUAAUCAACAACGAGAUAGACGAGACCAUCAGACACCUAGAGGAGGCUAUAGACCUGGUCUGUACCACUGCACAGUGGGUCCCUGUGUCCUGGGUCUACUGAGGAUAUGAAGGAACACAUAGCUCUUCUCUCCUCCUCUGCUUUCUCCUCCUCUCCUCCCCUCUGUGUCUUACCGGGUCCACUGUACCUGUAUAGACACCCUCCCCCCUCCCCUCCAAUGACUCCUCUCUUUCGCUCCUCCCUCUUCUCCCCCCUCCCUUUCUCCCUGGCGAUGCAUUUCUGCGAAAACUCCCAUCAUUCCUUCGGAAAGGAAAAGCACCUCAACCAAUCAGAAACCUCUGUGUACUGCACAUAGACCUUCAGCAGCCAAUCAAAAUCCUCUGUACUGCACAUGACUUGUAGCAGCCAAUCAGACUUUGCCCUUACAGACUACCUAGCCGUAGUGUUGUAUAAACGAAAAAAACUAAUAAGUAUUGUCAUGUCUGUAUUAUCUAGGAAGCGACAUUUUUGUAGAUGUUUGUUUUAAAGAGACAGUACUGUAUCUCCUCCCCAGUAGUGCACUGCAGCCUUCUACAUCAUGUGACUGUCUGUGCCCCCAUCAACCCAUCCCUCAUGGAUGUUGUAGUUCUUAGUUGUCCCUCUGUUGUAGUUAUUUCCCUACACUACAGAUGCUGUUUGUGGGUAUUCUCUUCCUCUCUCUCUGGACAGACUGAAGAAAAACACCCAAACAUCACAGCCUCCCUUUAUCUGGAUCUCAUCCUCAACACUGUUAUUUAUCUGCUCCUUUACUCCUCUACUUUAUUAGCCAUUAUUGUCUACUUCAUUCACAUAAUCUUUCUCGAAUGUCACUCUUAUUAUUCAUGUAGUUCAGUUUUAUCUUGGUUCAUUUUGACUGUACAUGUUAUUACCCUAGCCACCCCCCUCUCCCCUUCACACAAACACGGGGUACUGUCUCUUCUAAAUGAAUCCAUACAUGUUUUUGAGAUUUGAAUGAGGUCCCAUGCAUGUUGGACAUUCGCAAGCUUCCAUGCCGUCUGUCCGUGUUCCCCCAGUGUCCUGCUGUAACAUCCUCCCAACUGAAAACCAACAUUCCACACAUCUGGAAGACUCCACUUGACCAAGGGAGGAAGCAAGGGGAACAGGAAAUAACCAACAAAAAGAACCUUGACACCUAUGCAUUUCAGAUGACAUUUCUAAAAACCAUGGUAUCGAUGUGUUUGUAAACACAUUUGUGGUAGAACUUUAUAAUAACUCCACGUAAUAAAGCAUUUAAUGGAUUAGUAAAUAGUUUAUUCAUCAUUUAUGAAUCAUUACUCCCACAUUUGUAAAUCUUAUUAACCUAGUUAUUCAUACAUUUAUAAACAACUUUUAAAGUAUUUAAUGAUUCAUAAGAUCAUUCAUAAGUUGUUUAAAAUAGGUCCUUAUAAACCAUUUACUAAUCAUUAGUAACUCUUUUUGCGUGGCCUCAUCUAAAGUGUGGGCUAUUUAUACUUUAUAAAUACUUUGUUUUGAGUGACCAGUGUAAUUUCUCACAAAAAGAUGGACAUGC